AUGAUAGAAGCCACGAAGAAGAAGAAUCGAAGAAGAAGAAUCGAAGACGAGGAAGAAGAAGACGAAGAAGAAGACGAAGAAGAAGACGAAGAAGAGAUCAAUGCUUUUUCUUCGUCUUUUUCUUUGCUUCUUCGGGCGUUGCUUUUUCCUCCUCGUCUUCGAGAGAGAAGAAGCAAAAGAGAGCCAAAGAAGAAGAAGAAGAAGAAGAAGAAUUAA